AUGUUCCCUCCACCGCCCCUCGACCUCGACUGGAACGACAUUGGCUUCAAAGUGCGCGAAGUGCACGGCCAUGUCGAAUGCCACUUCUCGCAUUCCGACGCACCCGCGUGGUCCGCGCCACAAUUCGUCGCCUCGCCUUUCCUGAAUGUGCACGGCAUGGCGCCCGGCCUGAACUACGGACAGCAAGCCUACGAAGGCCUCAAGGCGUUCCGCCAUGCCAAUGGCAAGAUCACCAUCUUCCGGCCCGACCGCAAUGCCAAGCGCAUGCAGACCUCCGCCGAGGUGGUGUCCAUCCCUCCCGUUCCGGAGGAAUUGUUCAUCGAGUGUGUCCGGCUUGCCGUUGCCGCCAACGCCGAGUUCGUGCCCCCGCAUGAGUCCGGCGCGGCGAUGUAUAUUCGGCCUCUGAUCUUUGGGUCGUCGGCGCAACUGGGUCUGAGCCCGCCGGACGGAUACACGCUGGCUGUGUUCGUGAUGCCUACAGGCGUUUAUCACGGCGCCCAUGCAGUCGAUGCUCUCAUUCUGGAAGACUUUGACCGGUGUGCGCCGCACGGGACGGGCGCUGCCAAAGUGGGAGGCAAUUACGCCCCGGUGCUGCGGCACAGUGACCGCGCUCGCCGGGAGGGAUUCGGCAUUACACUGCACUUGGACAGCGCGACUCGCUCUGAGAUAGACGAGUUUUCCACUUCGGCAUUCCUGGGCGUUGUGCGCGAUGGCAAUUCUGUCACGGUUAUCCAACCCAAUUCCCAGAAUGUGAUUGACUCCGUGACGGCGGCGUCGGUGCUUGAGAUCGCGCAGGGCUUGGGAUACCGCGUGGAGAAGCGCCGCGUCACCUACGAAGAGCUGAGCCGCUUCGACGAGGUCAUUGCUGGAGGCACGGCGGCCGCCCUAGUGCCGGUGAAGAGCAUCACCCGGCGGUCUACCGGUGACAAGUUCGAGUAUCGUUGUGGUGCUGACAGCCAGGGCGGUCCAGUCGCUGCGGCGCUGCUGAAGGCGCUACGUGGAAUCCAGUCUGGGACGGUCGAAGACACUCGGGGUUGGAACUAUGAGGUGCACGCCCCGCCUGCUGGAUGGAUGGAGGGCGCCAGUGGACACGAAACAAAGGAACGCUCCGGCACCAAUGUUCCGUAG